UAACGCUAUCGAUCCCUUCAUCAUCUACCCCAUCUUUGAGAUCUCGUCUUAUAUAUGGUCUCUGCAUAUGCCUUGUCGUUUAAUUAAUUAGUUUAGUGAGGCAUCUUUAUUCUUUCACUUUGCAGUAAGAUAUAUGGAAACUAGAAUGGAGGAGAGAAAGAGGGGGAAAUCUGAAGAAAUUGAUGAUGAUCAGGAAAAAUGGGUUUAUGAUUCGUCUGUGGAUCACAAGGGAGGGAUUCCUCGCCGAGCUUCGACUGGUGUUUGGAGAGCCUCUCUCUUCAUUAUAGCAAUUGAAUUUAGUGAGAGACUGAGUUACUUUGGAAUAGCAACAAAUCUCAUUACAUACCUGACUAAAGUGAUUCAUCAAGAUCUCAAAACAGCGGCAAAGAAUGUAAACUAUUGGUCGGGUGUGACAACCAUGAUGCCUCUAAUGGGAGGAUUUCUCGCAGAUUCCUAUUGGGGGAGAUUCUCCACUGUUUUGGUUUCAUCAUUUAUCUACUUCUUGGGUCUGAGCCUCAAAACAAUGUCUGAGCUGAUACCAAGCUUAAAGCCCUGCAAAACAGAAGCAUGUAGCAAUCCAGCAAAGCUUCACGUAGUGGUCUUCUUCCUGUCCAUUUACUUGAUCUCUAUAGGAACUGGAGGUCACAAACCUUCACUUGAGAGCUUCGGGGCUGAUCAGUUCGAUGACGAUCAUUCAGAAGAAAGAAGAAAGAAAAUGUCUUACUUCAAUUGGUGGAAUUCAGCUCUUUGUGGCGGUCUCAUGCUUGGCGUGACGCUUAUCGUUUACGUACAAGACAACGUUAGCUGGGGGACUGCAGAUAUCAUUCUCACUGUUGUCAUGGCCCUGACAAUAGUAAUCUUCUAUAUUGGAAGGCCGUUUUACCGAUACAGAGUGCCCAAAGGAAGCCCCUUAACACCCAUGUUGCAGGUAUUCGUAGCAGCCCUGAGCAAGAGAAAUCAUCCAUAUCCUUCCAACCCUGCUCAACUCUACGAAAUUCCAAAAUCAGAGAAGAAUCAAGGCAGGCUUCUUUGCCAUACCGAUAAGCUUAGGUUUCUGGACAAAGCUGCAAUCCUUGAAGAUGGUGAUCAGAGCAACAAACCAGUUGACAAGCAACAAAGUCCAUGGAGACUAGCUACAGUAACCAAAGUCGAGGAGAUGAAGCUUGUGGUCAACAUGAUCCCCAUCUGGUUAACCUGCUUGACAUUCGGAAUGGGCGUCGCACAAGCCUCAACAUUUUUCAUCAAACAAGGAAGCAGUAUGAACCGAAAGAUUGGGCAUGGUUUCGAGAUACCCCCUGCUUCCAUCUACACAGUGGCAGCCAUAGGAAUGAUCACAUCUGUAACAAUUUACGACAAGAUAUUAGUACCCGUACUACGAAGAGUAACAGGCAACGAGAGGGGGAUAAAGAUACUACAGAGGAUCGGCAUCGGAAUGGUGUUUUCAGUUGUAUCCAUGGUUGCUGCGGCCUUGGUUGAAAGAAAAAGGCUACAAGUGGUACGAAAGGAAAUUGUGGAAGAAGGAAGAAUCGGUGGAAUUUCAAUGAGCGUCUUCUGGUUAACUCCACAGUUCAUUAUCAUCGGCAUAGGAGAUGGGUUUACUCUGGUUGGCUUGCAAGAGUACUUCUAUGAUCAAGUUCCCGAUUCUAUGCGCAGUCUAGGGAUAGCCUUCUACCUGGGUGUGAUUGGAGUUGGAAACUUCCUAAGUAGCCUUCUGAUAACAGCCGUCGACCAUUUGACUGAAAAGUGGGGGAGAAGUUGGUUUGCCAAGGACUUGAACAGCAGUCGCUUGGACAAUUUUUUCUGGUUGUUGGCAGCCAUGAAUGCAGUGAACUUGUGCGUCUAUGUCUUCAUAGCAAGGAGGUACUCUUACAAGAAUGUGCAGAGAAGGGUGGCUGCUGCCGACUGUUACGACGGUGAUGGAACAGUUUAAUUAAUUAAUUAAUUGCUCCAACAUGAAACAACCACCAAAAGGAAGUAAAACUAUUGUUUAGGAUGUUUCUACUUUAUAUUCCAAGCUCGUGGUGAUAAAAACUCGAAGCUCUAUAAUUCUAUGGCACUAAUUCGAUCUACCAGAAUUAACGGAAGAAAAAAGCUUUGGGCUGCUGUGAAUCCAUUA